AUGGGAAACUGGAAAUUAGAAGUGGGAAAAAUGGCUAUGUAUACCUCAUUUCCUGUUGCAUUAUUCUUCUUUUUUAACCAGCCCACGUAUUUUGAAGAAUGGGUAACUAACAAAAAACGUCAAAUAUUUCCACCAGAAAAAAAGCAAGAUAGGGAUGCUAUACAACAACUUAUCCAAGACAUGAGAAAGAAACAACUAAAAGCAAUAGAUGGAGAG